CUUCGCUUCUCGCCCGCCGUUCUUCUCCGCCGCCUUCUUCUCCGCCGUCCUCUUCUCCGGCCCGCCCUCGCCCUCGCACAUGCCCGUCUUCGGCGCCACCGGCUCGCCCUCUCUGAAAAUGGAAUCGGGCUACGGCAACGGCUACACCGGCCAGCGCGCCGCCUCCUUCAGCGUCGGCCGCAUCAUCGGCGACCCCUUCGCCCUGGCCACCAUCUCCAUUGGCAUUCUCGCCUGGAUCAUCGCCUUCGUGGCCAGCAUCAUCUCCGCCAUCCGCGGCGGCUUCCCCAACUUCGCCUGGUGGACCCUGGUCUUCAUGUUCUUCUGCAUCGCCGGCGUCACCGUCACUGUCGCCUCUGAUGCCGAGCGCACAUAUCACGUUGCAAUCGUCGGCUUCCUGGCCGCCGGCCUCGUCUUCACCACCUCGUCGGUCAACUCGCUCGUCUACUCGCCCGUCGCGCCCUUCGAGGCCGCCGCCGCCGGCUACAUCCUGCUGUCCAUGAUUGCCAUUGUGUGGAUCUUCUACUACGGCUCGCAGCCCGCCGCCCGCCACCGCACCUUUGUCGACUCGUACGCCCUGCACAAGGAGACCCCCGGCUCGCGCUCGUCCCGCCCCAUCUCCAACGGCUACACCAACCGCCCGCAGACCCACGUCUCCUCGGGCGCCCAGCCGCAGAUGUACACGUCCGCCCAGCUCAACGGCUUUGAAACCUCGUCGCCCGUGUCCGGCUACCCCGGCGGCCCCGCCGGCGCCCAGUCGCGCACCAGCGCAGCCCCUGUCUUCGGCGGCGCGGGCCUCCCCGCCCACACCCCCGGUCACGACGAGCCCACCGACCAGGCCAUCGAGUACCCGUACCGCGCCAAGGCCAUCUACAGCUACGAAGCGAACCCGGACGACGCAAACGAGAUUUCCUUCCAGAAACACGACAUCCUCGAGGUCUCGGACGUCAGCGGGCGCUGGUGGCAGGCCAAGAAGCCGUCGGGCGAGACGGGCAUUGCGCCGAGCAAUUACUUGAUUCUGCUGUAGUCGGACUUUGCGCGAGGAGACUGGUUCUCCGGAGACGGGUGCUCGGGUUCUCUGGUGUUGGCAUGAAGAUGAAGAGCGCGUGCAGCGCGGGGACACGGGGCACGUGUGCGCAUGUGUGGAGCAGAGCGCCCUAAUGACCGCACACGACUUUCCUUACUUAGCUUUGUACACUUCGGCUGGCGGAGCGUGAGGAGCCGCGUCCGCGUUGCGCCAUCCGAGGCCCGCCACACGCCAUAGCAUGUCCUGCUGCGCGGCAUCC